CCGCGUGGGCUCUGACAUGCCGCAAGGAGGAUCUGCGGACUUUCAGCGAUUUUAUAGAUAAUUUUACGAACGGUUGAUUUAGAUUCGCCGACGUUUUCCGUCUACUUUUAUCACCACAGUGUUGAAAAAGGUUCCGUCAAGAUGCUGCAGGCGUGUUCUCCAUCGCACGACUGGUUCUGCGACUCCGAGCCGUUGCUGUUUGACGAUGAGUUCUGUAUGAGCCUCAUGAAGGACCUGCAGUGCAUCCCCACACCGCCUCAGUCUCCUCCCAUGAAACCCGGCCUCGCAAAGAACAUGUCCACGGUGGACCAGCUGGAGUUAGUAUCUGAACUUUUAAUGGAGGACACAGACUUUCUCCAACUGGACUGGAACUUUACCGGGCCCGCUUCUUCAGCAGAUGAUCCGCUAUCAGAGGACUGCCUGUGGCGCCCCGACGGGGACAAACAGACAGAGGAUAAACUAUCCGCGGUGCUCUCCACGAGCCCCCUGCUCUCCGACAUAGACACGCAGAUUUUCGCGGAGAUCGCCGGCUCUACGCUGGACUGCCACACCGCGGCGCUCGCCUGCCAGGCACUGGAGAGCGAAGACUCCCCGCUGGACAGCCAGGAGCAGAUCGAAUCCACGUCUGACUACGGUUCACUGUCCACAGGAGGAGAGUCAUCCACUAGCGAUUCUGAGGAGGAGAUUGAUGUGGUGACGGUGCGGCGCUCCAGCACCCUGACACGCUCUCAGCACCAGCAGCAGCUGGAGGACAGCCGGCGGGAGCAGCAGCGUGCACUCAAGCGCUAUCACUUUGAAAUCCAGCAGCAGCACAAUUACGCUGCCCCGCGACCUGCCUCUCCUCCGCCCCCGCCCUCACCGCCUCUCAAGCGCACUCGGGGCUCUGGAGACUCCCAGCGAGGUCUGCAGAUCCCUGGACGCUCUCGCAGUCUGGUCGUCCGACAGCCGGUUGAUACAGAGGAUGAAGAGGAGAGGAGGAGGACGCACAAUGUGAUGGAGAGGCAAAGGCGCAACGAGUUAAAGAACUGCUUUCUAAGGCUGCGGGACAACGUCCCUGAACUGUCCAACAACGACAAGGCGUCCAAAGUGGUGAUUUUAAAGCGUGCGAAAGAAAGCAUCAGAAAUCUAGAAUCAGAAAACCAGAGACUGACCAGCAAAAGAGACAAACUCCGAGAGCGACAGGAACAGCUGAAAGCCAGACUUGAACAGCUGAAGAGACAUUGAGCACCCGGGACUAAACUUUAGCCACUUGAUAGUAGUCGAGUGCUCGGCUGGUUUGAGGACUGAAACACAUGUGACUGAUUGUAAAGAGCGCAGCAGCAUCUCUUGAAGAGAUUGUGGAGGUUUUUUUCGUUUAGCAAACGUGCAUGAUCAAUGCAGGAAACGUUCUCAGUGUUUUGACUUGCGUAAAGUCAUUUAGUUCAUGAGUCUUACUAUUAUGAAAGCGUUUCAUAUACUGUAUGUUGGACGAAUAAUCAGUUUAAUGCAUAGUUAGCCUUAAAGUCCACACACACGUUCUACCUUGUUGUUCUUGGCAUUCAUGUUAUUUCUUGUAAUGUUUUGGGCUGGAUCCAAAGGAUGUUAGAAAUAAGGGGUUGAAUGUAUCAUUAGCAUAUGAUGACGUUUUUUAUAGAGAAGGUUUGCAUUUAAUGUUGAUGUUCAAACUGGAACUAUGUAAGAAUUUCAGGUUUGGAGUUGAAGAGUUCAUACACUGUUUUGGACUCCAUGUGUCUUUUACAAUUUGUCAGUUAUUGUAUGUUCCCUCCCAUUUCUUUGUUUAUCUACCUCUGCCAGGAAAUAGCCUGGCUAUUUUAUUGCCUUCAUAAUGGCAAAGUGUAUAUAGUUUCCUAAGUUUUUUUUUCUGUAAAUAUCUCUUGUUAAUUAUGUAUAAUAAAUUAUUUAGUCUUUUUCUUGGUUCAA